UUAAACUGUGAGCUUCUAAAAAGAACUGUACAAGUUCGCCAUGUUAACAUCACAAACAAUCUAAUGAAGUAAUUGCUGGUAGUCAGGUCAGCCAGCAGCGAGUUCGUCCCAGCGGCAACAGCGGGAUAAACUCGGCGUCUCUCCCAGAGCCAGCAGUAACACCUCCACCGCCACGAUCCGCGUGCAGCCUCUCCGCGUCACGGUACCGUACCGGCUUCUGCGUAGAAUUCAACACAACUCAACCCGCUCCACUUCCUCCCCCUCUUCCUCUAGCCGGGAGCAACAUAGGACCUACGACGUCCAGUUGCUCCAGUCCCGCCAACCCGGGUGAAAGUGACUCGGACGGCAACCUGGUCCACAGGCAGAGAGUGUCACCGCUGUACAGCAGGAGCUUGCCUGUUCCCAAAGCCCUGCAUCAGGCUGGCGACCUGUGGCUGGGAUAGGCUCCAGCCCCCCGUGACCCUGAUAAGGAUAAACUGAAGAGGAUGGAUGAUUAAACUCUGCAAUUUCCCCUGCAACUUAACAAUUUUAUUCUGUGGACUUACUCUCUGGAGACUAUAACUGGACGGUGACCUUGAGAUCCAGAUGUGCACUACUCAUCUUAUAUGAAAGAUAAAUCCACACAGACACCUGGAUAUUGCAGUGACGAAACGCAAAAGAAGACCAUUCAAUUUGCUCUGCAUCCUAGAGCAGUGCUGAGGAGUUCAAAGAGCAGAGUGCAAAGCUCCAGCACAGUAAAGAAGAACCCCUCAGUAAAGGCUGAACUUCCCAGUACAUUACAGCAUCAGCACUCUGCCCUGAUUAGUACCAUCAGCCACAUCUUCACCUCAGUCAUCCACUCUCAGCAGUUUUCCAUGUCGAAGUCUGCCCAGAUGCCACUGUCGAACAUCACUGUGCCAAAGCCCUCGAUCUCCAGGGUGCCCAGCAGCAUGGAAGGCAUCAACCAUGAGCUGGAAAAGGUCUUCAUUAAAGACAAUGGAGAUAAGGAGGAGCUUAAGUCCCUGGAGGUUCCCGAUGGGCGACGAGCACCUUUCCCUCCACAGCAGCGCAGCAGCAGCACCCGCAGUGUGGACACCCGGACCCCCUCAGCCCCUGGCCGGUCCAGCAGCUGCUCUAGCCUAUCACCAUCCCCCUCGCCAGCCUGCCCACUGGGAUCACAUGAUGGCAGUCCUUACUCCACAGAUGAUCUACUAUAUGACAGAGAUAAAGACAAUGGAAGCAGCUCACCGCUGCCAAAGUUUGCCUCCUCACCCAAACCCAACAACAGCUAUAUGUUCAAGCGGGAACCACCAGAGGGCUGUGAGAAGAUUAAAGCUUUUGAGGAAAUGAGCUCCAGGCAGUCCACAUCAGCACCCCUCUUCUCCUGCCCUGACAAAAACAAAGUGAAUUUCAUCCCAACGGGUUCAGCUUUCUGUCCCGUCAAACUCCCUGGCUCUUUACAACUCACCCUUGCCUCAGAGCCCGAGGAAGACCAGGACAGCAGGGAAGCAGGUUCUGACCCACACGGAACCACGUCAUUCUACGGUGUCCCUACUCAGGUGUCCACGAGCACCAGCACAGAUGACCCCCCAGAGGAGCCUGCUUCACCCUCAGAGACAUCAGAGUCCCAGACAGACAGCCCGGCCAUCAGCUAGACCUGAGCAGAGCUGGCCUCUGUCUCUGGGAUCUACACUUGCAACCAUCGAGCACCACCACUGACUUUCUCACCAACACCACCUUCUGCUCCUCCAGGGGGGUCUCUGUCUCUCUGUGCCCACUGUCUCCGUUGCCCUUCUAUCUUUGCAUGACGUAGCAACAGUGUCCAGAAUAUCCACCACAACCAAUAUGAUUUGCUGCCUCAACCUCCUGUCCUGCAUAAUAAGUAAGCUGCUGUUGGCAGGAAGAGACCUGACAAUUUAAAGGGUUCAUAUGCAGGUGUAGCGAGGAGUGGAGCACUAUGGAUCGGGGAGGGGCAUGCAUUUUAAGCUGGUAGUGUAUUUCUGAUGAAAUGAUGUGUUGUGUUCUGUUUCAACAUUCACAGUAUGAAUAAGCUCUUUAAACAUGUAUAUCCACAUAUAACUCUAUAAAAAGAAAGAAAAGUCUUUGUUUAAACUCUAUGGCUGUGUUAUAUACGGAACAGGAAAGACAACAAGAACAGGAUUAUGUUUACACUGUCCAGGACAUGUUGUUAAGCUUUAUCUUAAAUGCAACAAGGAAAACAUUGGAAGAAAAGGAAAAGGAGAAAAUGGCCUCAAAUGGUUACACGGUGUCAGACCUUGCUUCAGGUAUUUCACAAUCGGAGUCUAUACUCAGGUAAUUUGGAAUGUAUGUCCAUACAAAGCAGAACAGAUUCCCUGACAUUUAUUCCCUUACAUUUUCAUUCACAUACAAAUCACUCUUUUCUGUUCAGUGACUAGACCUGAGCUCAUGGCUGCAAAUAGUGAAGGCUGUUGUGACCUCUGCCAUGUGUUGUGGAUGUACUGAUGGGGUUGAGCUUGCCUGUUAUUUAAGCUUAAUGAUAAUGUGAUUGGCUGAUGGUGGAGCAAAAGCAAUGAGAAUGCAGUAACACUACAUGUUCAAAUACAACCUGCCUUUGAUCAAGUAUUCAGUAAAACUGGCACUGGAUUGGCAGAUAGACCGCUGCUUAAAGGGUAAUAGCGGUUUCCACCCAAAAUAUCGUGAGCAGCAUAAACUUGUUUUUAUUUAUAACCCAGAUGCAUUACCACAAUUUUUUUUUAAGUUUUGUUUUCCACAUCUUAUAGUAUAUUCAGUCAAACCUGGAGGUUUGACACAGAAAGCUUGCUGUUAAGUGACAGACCUCACUACUCCACAGGACACAGAGAUGAUAAAAAGCUGCAUAAAACCAGGAGAGUAUGAUUAUUGGACUUGUGUUUGUCAGAUCAAGACAGAGAACUUUAAAUAGUGGACCACAUCUACCAAAUGCCUAAAUAGGGAAUUCAGAGCUCUGGAGAUGUUCCAGUUGUCAGCCGCCACAUGGAGGCAGUGUUAAAUGUAUGGAGCUAUAUCUCUCAAUGAUUAUGGGUUGCUGAUUGCUUCACUUCCAAAAGACGUCAGCCCUUUUCAGACGUGAGCUAUGUUACCUUACUGUUUUUAUCGCUCUGUUGAAGUGACAGCAGCAUUCUUUUGGAUCGCUACAGGAGUGACUCCCAAAACCUGGAAAGUAGUUUUUCCUCUGAGUAGUAUCAUCAUUUACGGUUCAAUCCAAGCUUUCAAACAAGCAGCAAUUGACCUAUGCAUAGCACUGUUUUCCAGAAGCAGCUUGCUUUUGGCGUGUUGAUGGACUGCAGGUAAGCAUGUUUCCACUGGGUCUGCAUUGUCAGAAUUAGAACAAUCUUUCAAAGUGUAGGUCACGAGCUACAAAACAUGCCAGUGACGGGCAGCUUUUGCUCUUAACGACAAAGGUGUUUUGUUGCCCCCAGGUGGCCAAAAUUAAGAAAAAGGCAUAAAUAAAUAUAUAAAUCCAGGUAAAUUGUGAAUGAUAGAUCAAAGUCUGAUUUUCACUAUUCAUGAUGCCUGGUCUGGGAUGACACAGUUCUUGUGCGAAUUGAAAAUGAAUAUUUGUACAACCUUUCCUUCCACUCUGCACUCUGGUAAGCUUCGAAACUUACUGUUCUAAUGAAAUCCAUUCCAUGAGAUAUGAGCAGGAGAGGUGAUUGAUUCCUAAAUUAUGUUUGACCUUUGUUUCUGUACUCAGACUUUUGGUUGCAGCUACAAGAGCGCCUUCUGCUGUAUGAUGCAUAUAGAAAGCAUUACACUAGCUGGCCUCGUUUUCACUGUUAUUAUUAUUAAUAUUAUCAUUAUUAUUAUUAUUAUUAUUAUUAUCAUUAUUAUGGGAUGCUGUAGGCACCCUGAUGCUACCACCAAACUACAGUACCAUAGCAUUUCAUGUUUUCUGUGCAAUGUUACAAACAGACAUGAACAUGGCCAAGUGUAAAUAACCAGUGUGUUUUCAUCUUACUCAUCAUUUCUUUGGAUAACUGGUGUAUUUGUAGAAUCCCUGUAUUGACACUCCUUUUGUAUAUACGUUAUUUUGUAUAUACAAGGCUUUUAAGGAGGUUCAAUGUCGUGGUUUCUAAAGACAUUUCAGCACCUUACCAAGAAUUUUAGCUUUCCCAAUGUUCCACAUAUACUUGGCAUUGGUAACCUAGAUGUGUGCAAUAAUAGGAAAAAAAUUUAAAAAGAAAAGGUGUUGUCUUUUCGUUCUUUGACACAAACGUUUCAUCUCACAUUCCUUUGGUUUUGAGCAUGAAGGCUGAAUCAGCAAGAAGUUUGUUGUUAAAGCCAUCAACUGAUACAAAACCAGCAAUGACCAGAGCACACCACUGGCAGGUCAGAGUGUUCAUCAGCUCCUCUUUGUGUAACCAGUAGUGUCAAAGUUCAUGCACAAUGGCAAUAAAGGAAAAAAAAAUCUGGA